ACUAAUAAACACAUGCUGUGUUCCCGGCUGAAAACACUUCUCAGUGUCACAGUGGGGAAUUUUACCACUCCUGAUAGUCCUGCAGCUGGAGCCCAGGUGCCAGGGUCGCUGUCCUUGGACCAGAGCUUAUGAACAAGCACACACCUGAUUUUACCUGGUGGCGCAAAGCCGGUUGCCUCAUCCUCGUCUUCACUCAGUUUGUACAGUUGCCAGAAAUGAUAGAUUAGGGCUUUUCACGUUUUUUUCUGUGGAAACCAGAAGGGAGCUGUAAAAGGCUGCGCUGUGUCCACCUGGCCGGGGACGAAUGCUGGACCUCCAACCUCCAGUACUGCCAGGAGGCUUUUUCCUAUCCGCCGGCACACACAGGGAUGGAUGGGUGAAGCCCACCUGGGCUGUGGCCCUGCCCAGCAGUCACCAUCUCACUCAGGCCCCUUGGUGGCGGCAGGAUGCACCUCUCCGCGGUGUUCAAUGCCCUCCUGGUGUCUGUGCUGGCCGCAGUCCUGUGGAAGCAUGUGCGCCUGCGGGAGCACGCGGCCACCCUGGAGGAGGAGCUGGCCCUUGGACAGCAGUCCCUGGAUCCAGUGUCGGGCCUAAGGAUCGACUACCUGAAGGCCCUGCAGGUCCUCAUGGAGGGUGGCACCCACAUGGUGUGCACAGGCCGCACCCACACAGACCGCAUCUGUCGCUUCAAGUGGCUGUGCUACUCCAAUGAGGCCGAGGAAUUCAUCUUUUUCCAUGGCAACUCCUCCGUGAUGCUGCCCAACCUGGGCUCCCGGCGCUUCCAGCCGGCCCUCCUGGACCUGUCCACGGUGGAGGACCACAACGCCCAGUACUUCAAUUUCGUGGAGCUGCCCGCCGCAGCCCUGCGCUUCAUGCCAAAGCCAGUGUUCGUGCCCGACGUGGCCCUCAUCACCAACCGCUUCAACCCCGACAACCUCAUGCACGUCUUCCACGACGACCUGCUCCCGCUCUUCUACACGCUGAGGCAGUUCCCCGGCCUGGCGCAGGAGGCCCGGCUCUUCUUCAUGGAGGGCUGGGGCGAGGGCGCCCACUUUGACCUCUAUAAGCUGCUUAGCCCCAAGCAGCCGCUGCUGCGAGCGCAACUCAAGACGCUGGGCCGCUUGCUCUGCUUUUCCCACGCGUUUGUGGGCCUGUCCAAGGUCACCACCUGGUACCAGUAUGGCUUCGUCCAGCCCCAGGGCCCGAAGGCCAACAUCCUCGUCUCUGGCAACGAGAUCCGGCAGUUUGCCCGCUUCAUGACCGAAAGGCUGAACGUGAGCCACGCAGGGGCGCCCCUGGGCGAGGAGUACAUCCUGGUCUUCAGCCGCACCCAGAACAGACUCAUCCUGAACGAGGCAGAGCUGCUGCUGGAGCUCGCGCAGGAGUUCCAGAUGAAGACGGUGACCGUGUCCCUGGAGGACCACAGCUUCGCAGACGUGGUGCGGCUGGUCAGCAACGCCUCCAUGUUAGUCAGCAUGCACGGGGCCCAGCUGGUCACCGCCCUCUUCCUGCCCCGCGGGGCCACCGUAGUCGAGCUCUUCCCCUACGCUGUCAAUCCUGACCACUACACCCCCUAUAAGACUCUGGCCACCCUGCCUGGCAUGGACCUGCAGUACGUGGCCUGGCGAAACAUGAUCCGGGAGAACACAGUCACACACCCUGAGCGGCCCUGGGACCAAGGGGGCAUCACCCACCUGGACCGGGCUGAGCAGGCCCGCAUCCUUCAGAGCCGGGAGGUCCCCCGGCACCUCUGUUGCCGGAACCCAGAGUGGCUCUUCCGAAUCUACCAGGACACGAGGGUGGACAUCCCGUCCCUCAUGCAAUCCAUCCGGCGCGUGGUGAAGGGCCGCCCGGGACCACGGAGGCAGAGGUGGGCAAUCAGCCUGUACCCAGGCAAGGUGCGGGAGGCCCGGUGCCAGGCGUCCGUGCAGGGUGCCACUGAGGCCCACCUGUCCGUGUCCUGGCAGAUCCCAUGGAACCUCAAGUACCUGAAAGUCCGGGAGGUAAAGUACGAGGUGUGGCUGCAGGAGCAAGGGGAGAACACGUACGCGCCUUACAUGCUGACCCUGCAGAACCACACUUUCACGGAGAACAUCAAGCCCUUCACCACCUACCUGGUGUGGGUCCGCUGCAUCUUUAACAAGAGCCUCCUGGGACCGUUUGCAGAUGUGCUGGUGUGCAGCACGUAGCCUGUGGCCGGGCCUCAGGAAGGCGGCCUUCGCAGCUCAGCUUCCCAAGGUCCGCAGUCCUGCUGGCAACUGUGGUGAUGACUUAUCUAUUUAUUGAGCAGGCCUGCUCCCAGUGUAGUCUUUUACUGCUGUGGGUGUGCUGUUUGC